AUGUUCUUCCUCCCUGAUGGGCCCUCUGAAACAGAAAUGAAACAGGUUGUUUAUCCCUAUCAGACUUUAUCUGGUCAUGGAGAUGAAUCUCAGGCACCAAGUAUAGAUGAAAAAGUAGAUCUUCACUUCAUUGCAUUAGUUAAUGUAGGUGGUCAUCUCUAUGAAUUGGAUGGGCGGAAGCCAUUUCCAAUAAACCAUGGGGAAACUAGUGAUGAUUCUUUUUUAGAGGAUGCAAUAGAAGUUUGCAAGAAAUUCAUGGAACGUGACCCAGAAGAAUUAAGAUUUAAUGCAAUUGCACUGUCUGCAGCUUAAAAGCCUUUUCCAGUGGGGUUAAUCUAUUGCAAUGUAUUGUAACAAUAAAAAAUGUUGCCAUAUGUUAAUAGUACAAAUUUUGAUACUUCCCUAAUAUGUUGGUUAAUUGUAGCAUACGUGGAAUAAACUUUGCAUUUGUCCUUGUUAUAUCUUGCUGCUUGUUCCUAAAGCCACUUUGGGUAUUUCUACACAUGCAUGCAUUUUGUGCGAGAUUUCUGUGUGGUGGGUUUUUCUCCCUUCCACCCUCUUAAAAGUUUUGGGUAUUACUGUCUGUGAUAUUUCAUCAUAAUUAUGAUGAGCUACUUCAGAGCAGGAUUAUCAUUUGUAUCAUUCACAGGUAACAUUCUGAGCUGAGUUUGUGGCAUGUUAAUGGGUAACAAACUGAAAUGGGUGGCUAUCCCCAUCUUUUGACUAUGAUUCAAGAAUAUUAUCAGACCUUUUGCAAGUGACUCAAAAGACAAAGGCAUUUUUUUUCAACCCGCUAUUUAUAAAUAAAUAUGUGGAAGAAAAAAGGCAGAAAAAGGACUGUUUCUUCUUACUGGGGGCGAACACUAACAUUUUAAAAUUAUCUCUACAUUUUGAAUAAAACCUAAUUUUGUUUCUCAAGCCUAAUAAUGUUAAUAAACUGUCAAAAA